CCGGAGCCCUGCAGGGAGAGACAGCCAAGGCCCUGCAGAGCCGGUGCCUAAGACAACGCCUCUGGAGGAGGGAGAAGACUCCAGCGCGACUUUAAGGGACACCCCGAGGAAAUGAUGAACGCCAUGAAGACAGAGUUCCUGUGCAUGCUGCUGCUCUGCGGAGCCGUCUUCACGUCGCCCAGCCAGGAAACCUACAGACGACUCAGGAGAGGCACCAGAUCGUACAGAGUGACCUGCAGAGAUGAAAAAAUGCAGAUGACGUACCUCCAACAUGAGUCCUGGCUGCGACCCCUGCUCAGGAGCAAUCAGGUGGAGCACUGCUGGUGCAACGGCGGCCGGGCCCAGUGCCACUCGGUGCCCGUCAGAAGUUGCAGUGAACCUUGGUGUUUCAACGGGGGGACGUGUCGGCAGGCCGUCUAUUCUUCAGACUUUGUCUGCCAGUGCCCAGAAGGGUUCAUGGGGAAGCGCUGUGAAAUAGACACCACCGCCACGUGCUAUAAGGACCAGGGUGUCGCCUACAGAGGCACGUGGAGCACAGCAGAGAGCGGGGCUGAGUGCGCCAACUGGAACAGCAGCGGCCUGGCCAUGAAGCCUUACAGCGGGCGCAGGCCCGACGCCGUCAGGCUGGGCCUUGGGAACCACAACUACUGCAGGAAUCCCGAUGGGGACGCCCAGCCCUGGUGCCACGUGUGGAAGGACCGCCAGCUGACCUGGGAGUACUGUGACGUGCCCCAGUGCGUCACCUGUGGCCUGAGAGAGUACAAGCGGCCCCAGUUCCGCAUCAAGGGAGGCCUCUUCGCCGACAUCACCUCCCACCCCUGGCAGGCCGCGAUCUUCGUCAAGAACAGGCGGUCCCCGGGAGAGCGGUUUCUGUGUGGGGGGAUCCUGAUCAGCUCCUGCUGGGUGCUGUCGGCCGCCCACUGCUUCCAGGAGAGGUACCUGACUCACCAUCUCAAGGUGGUCCUGGGCAGGACAUACCGGCUGGUCCCUGGAGAGGAGGAGCAGAUGUUUGAAGUAGAAAAAUACAUCAUCCACAAGGAAUUUGAUGAUGACACUUACGACAAUGACAUCGCGCUGCUGCACCUGAAAUCGGACUCACUGACCUGCGCCCGGGAGAGCAGCUCCGUCCGCACCAUCUGCCUCCCAGACGCCAGCCUGCAGCUGCCCGACUGGACGGAGUGCGAGCUGUCCGGCUAUGGGAAACACGAGGCCUGGUCUCCUUUCUUUUCGGAGCGGCUAAAGGAGGCUCAUGUCCGGCUCUACCCAGCCAGCCGCUGCACUUCCCGCCACUUGUUUAAUAAGACCGUGACCAACAACAUGUUGUGUGCCGGAGACACACGGAGCGGUGGGGACCACACAAACCUGCACGAUGCCUGCCAGGGUGACUCGGGCGGCCCCCUGGUGUGUAUGAAGGACAGCCACAUGACCUUGGUCGGCAUCAUCAGCUGGGGCCUGGGCUGCGGGCAGAAGGACAUCCCGGGGGUGUACACCAAGGUGACUAACUACCUGGACUGGAUUCGAGACAACACGCGACCGUGACCAGGGGCACCCCGUUUUCCCCUACGUCACAGAGACCCCGCUUCUCCCAUCUCUGAAGACUCACCACGGCGGGGGCUUCUUCACACAGCGGAAGUGGAGGGAGGAUGUAGUUUCACAGGUACUUUUCCAUUUUGGAAGUUUUCAGGGCUUAAGGGCUGAAACGUACUGUCAGACGGGAAGGUGGAUUAACGCCAGUCCCUCGUGGAAGACCACUCCCCAGGGUGGAAGCCCGCUUCUUCCUCUAUGCAUGAGAGCAUCUUUGGAAAGGGGACCACAAAGAUGAAAGCAUGUCUCAGUAGGCAAAGAUAACUCAAGCCUUCAGGAAAGAAGGGUUAGAUGUAUUCUACUAGAAAUAGAAUGUCUAUUUAUAGUCACAAGGAAGCCCAGCAGGAACCUCCUACCAAGGGAUGGGCUAGCUGGCCAGAUCAUGUUCCUCGACUCCAGCCCUUAAGUCAAGUGUUGGGCUUUCCUUUUCUCCCACUGCAGGUCUUGGAGGGAAUCCUAUUUGUGUACAGUGUAAUUCUUUUUCUUUAUAAGUUUCAUCAUAGACCCAGGAGACACGUAUCAUUUUAAUAACUGAUAAACUAGGCUCUAGCAUAUUUAUAUCAGUUCAUUUUUGUUUAUACUCUGUCGCCACUACCUGUAUGAUACUGUAUUGGAACAAUAAAUUCUGAUAUAUUUUUCACAUA